AUCUAACACCCACCCACGAAAACAAAACACGACACCCACUCCACGAGGCCGACGCCGCUGCACGCCUUCUUUGCCGCCGACGCCGACGCCGCCACCGACGCUCGCCCUUGCCGCCGACGCCGUCGCUCGCCCCUGCUGCCGCCGCCGAUGCCGCCCCUGCCUCUGUUUUUAUUUUUUUGCUUCUUAGGGAGAUUGUCAAUGGGCAAGAUGGUUACUUCUGUCCAGGAUCAGGGGCUGUGAAUAUGAUGCAUCAUUUUCUAAUGCUCGCUCGGUAAUGUCACUGAAUUCUGUUCAUGAUCCUAACCUCAGUGUUCGGGAUAUUGAUGGGAUUAUUUGUACUGUUGGUGACAUUGCUGAAGGAGGAGGAGAAAUGGCAGCCCUAGCAACUCUGAUGUAUGCACCUUCCCCAAUACAAGAUUGUUUGAGUAGCAGUGGUGUAAACCGACAUAGUAGCUCAUCAACCCAAUGUACUCUCGAAAACCUCAGGCCACUCCUGCAACGAUUCCCUACAUUGUGUCGUGCCCUAGUUACGUCGGGGUUCCAGCAAGAUACAACUUCCAAUUUUUUGGGUCCAAAAUUGAAGAAUGCUUUAUCAGAAUAUCUACAUUGGCGUAAUGGCAUCUUUUUUUCUGCUGGACGUGAUACUUCUCUUCUACAUAUGCUACCAUGCUGGUUUCCCAAAGCAGUUAGGAGAUUGAUUCAGCUCUAUGUCCAGGGUCCUCUUGGAUGGCAAUCAUUCUCAGGUUUGCCAACGGGGCAGACAUUAUGGGAGAGGGAUGUUUAUUUUUCAAUGAAUGAUGAACAUUCCGAAAUCAGUCCAAUCUCUUGGGAAGCAACCGUACAGAAGCAUAUUGAAGAUGAGCUGUAUGAUUCUUCUCUUAAGGAAACUGGACUUGGGCUUGAGCAUAAUUUGCAUCGUGGACGUGCAUUAUCAUCUUUUAAUCAUCUUCUUGCUGCUAGAGUUCAGAAACUAAAAUCAGAUAUUCAGCCAGGUUCAGCAACUCGACAAUCAAAUAUACAGUUGGAUCUACAGACUCUUUUUGCUCCUCUAACACCAAUGGAACAGUCACUUCUUUCUUCUAUUAUUCCACUUGCCAUUACGCAUUUUGAGAACUCUGUGUUAGUUGCUUCAUGUGCUUUUCUCCUGGAGCUUUGUGGAUUAUCUGCCAGUAUGCUCCGUGUAGAUGUAGCAGCUUUAAGACGAAUAUAUAGCUUUUACAAUUCUGGGCAAUCCUUUGAGAAUUUCAGGCAACUUUCACCCAAGGGUUCUGCUUUUCAUCCAGUACCCCUAGAAUCUGAUAAAAUAGGGACUCUUGCUCAAGCUCUGGCCGAUGAGUAUCUACACCAGGAAAGUUCAAGUGUUACUAAGCCAAAGGGUUCUUCUAAUUCAGCACCUCCUAAACGUUGUCCACAGGUGCUUUUGUUCGUCUUACAGAAUUUGGAAGAGGUUAGCCUUUCCCAAGUGGUCAAUGGAAAUUCAUGUGGAUCAUGGCUAUUAAGUGGUAAAGGCGAUGGGACUGAGCUGAGAAAUAAACAAAAAGCUGCAAGCCAUCACUGGAAUUUUGUUACGGUCUUUUGUCGGAUGCAUAGACUUCCUCUAAGUUCAAAGUAUCUUGCUUUGUUAGCAAGAGAUAAUGACUGGGUUGGAUUUUUAACUGAGGCUCACGUUGGCGGGUACCCUUUUGACACAGUUAUCCAAGUAGCAUCAAAAGAGUUCAGUGAUCCACGUCUCAAAAUCCAUAUAUUAACUGUAUUGAAGGCUGUACAGUCAAGGAAAAACCCUGGGUCUUCAUCAUACUCUGAUACUGAAGAGAAAAAAGGUCAAACUUCCCUUUUAGAUGGAAAUAUGUAUACUCCAGUUGAACUUUUUACAAUUUUAGCCGAAUGUGAGAAGAAGAAAAACCCUGGAAAAGCUCUCUUGAUAAAGGCAGAAGAGUUAUCCUGGUCAAUUUUGGCAAUAAUUGCUUCUUGCUUCCCAGACGUGUCUCCAUUAUCCUGUCUUACUGUUUGGCUAGAAAUUACUGCAGCAAGGGAAACUACAUCCAUUAAGGUAAAUGAUAUUGCUUCCCAGAUUGCAGAAAAUGUUGGGGCAGCUGUAGAAGCUACCAAUACCCUGUCAGCUGGGUGUAGAUCACCUGCAAUUCAUUACUGCCGGAAAAAUACCAAACGAAGGCGAACUGUGGAUUCCAUUUCUGAAGAUCAAUCAGUCAGAGUGAUGUCUGAUAAUUUCAGUGCUUCAACAGGUCCAUCGACUAAUGUUUCAGGUGGCUUUAUUGUUAAGGAAGAAGGAAAGAUAGUUAAGGAUCGCCAACGUAUUUCUGUUUCAUAUGAUUCAGAUGAAGCACCAUCAACUCUGUCCAAGAUGGUUUCUGUGCUUUGUGAACAGCAAUUAUUCUUGCCUCUAUUAAGGGCUUUUGAAAUGUUCCUUCCUUCAUGUUCCCUGCUACCGUUCAUCCGUGCUCUUCAGGCGUUUUCACAAAUGCGUUUAUCUGAAGCUUCAGCGCAUUUAGGUUCUUUUUCUGUACGAGUUAAGGAUGAAGCAAGCUACUCUCAUUCAAAUGUUGAAGGAGAAGAGAAUACUGGGACAUCGUGGACUGGAUCUACUGCUGUUAAGGCUGCUAAUGCGGUACUGUCUGUUUGUCCAUCUCCAUAUGAAAGAAGAUGCCUACUGAAACUUUUAGCUGCAACUGAUUUUGGUGAUGGAGGAUUUGCUGCCACAUAUUACCGACGACUUUUUUGGAAAAUAAAUUUAGCAGAGCCUUCAUUACGUAUAGAUGAUGGCCUGCACCUUGGAAAUCAGGCUCUAGAUGAUGCAUCACUUUUAACUGCACUAGAAAAUAAUGGACAUUGGGAGCAAGCACGCAAUUGGGCAGAGCAACUGGAAGCUAGUGGGGGUUCUUGGAAAUCUGCUAGCCAUCAUGUCACGGAAACUCAGGCCGAAUCUAUGGUAGCAGAAUGGAAGGAAUUUUUAUGGGAUGUUCAAGAAGAGAGAGUUGCAUUGUGGGGUCACUGCCAGGCACUCUUCAUCAGAUAUUCCUUUCCUGCUUUACAGGCUGGAUUAUUUUUCCUUAAACAUGCAGAAGCUGUGGAGAAAGAUCUUCCAGCCAAGGAGCUUCAUGAACUAUUGUUACUUUCCUUACAAUGGUUAAGUGGGAUGUUUACCAUGUCCAACCCAGUUUAUCCAUUGCAUCUUCUACGAGAAAUUGAGACCAAGGUUUGGCUGCUGGCAGUAGAGUCAGAAGCUGAGAUGAAGAAUGAACGGGACCUGAACAUUAACAGUUCCAGCCGGGAAUGUAUAUCUAGGAAUAGCUCAAGUAUUAUUGACUCGACUGCAAGUAUGAUAUCAAAAAUGGAUCAACAUAUUAGUACAAUGAAGAAUAAAAAUAUGGAUAAACAUGAGGUGAGAGAAAACAGCCAGACUCAUCAUAAAAGUCAAGUAUUAGAUGCUGGCUUUUCAACUGCAGAAGGGGGGAAUUCGAAGGCGAAAAUGAGAACCAAAGGUUCUGUGCUACUACGACGACCAUUAGUGGACUUUGCAGACAUGAACACUAACCCUGAAGAUGGAUGUAUUCCUUCCACUUUUAAGAAUGACUUGCAGUUGCAAGAUGAGAACUUAAAAAUGGACACUUCAUUUUCCGGGUGGGAAGAAAGGGUUGGACCUGCAGAGGUGGAUAGAGCUGUUCUUUCAUUGCUAGAGUUUGGUCAAAUUACGGCUGCCAAGCAGCUCCAACAAAAGCUGUCUCCCGGGCAAGUACUGUCAGAAUUCCUUCUUGUGGAUGCUGCUUUUAAGCUUGCAGCUAUAUCAACCCCUAAUCGGGAAGUUUCCAUGUCUUUGGUUGAUGGGGAUUUAUGUUCAGUUAUUCUUUCAUAUGGUAUUCCAGUUGAUCAAUAUCUUAAUCCAUUGCAGGUUUUGGAGAUUUUAGCAACAAUUUUUGCUGAAGGUGGUGGACGUGGACUUUGUAGAAGAGUAAUUGCAGUUGUAAAGGCUGCAAAUGUCUUAGGACUUCCAUUUUCAGAGGCAUAUAACAAACAGCCUAUUGAACUAUUACAGCUACUUUCUCUUAAAGCACAAGAAUCAUUUGAGGAAGCAAAUUUCCUUGUGCAGACUCACUCUAUGCCUGCUUCUAGUAUUGCUCAAAUUCUUGCAGAUUCCUUUCUAAAGGGCUUGUUGGCUGCACAUCGUGGAGGUUAUAUGGAUUCCCAGAAAGAUGAAGGACCUGCGCCUCUACUAUGGAGAUUCUCUGACUUCUUGAAGUGGUCAGAACUUUGUCCUUCUGAACCAGAGAUUGGGCAUGCAUUGAUGCGUUUAGUUAUUACUGGACAAGAGAUACCGCAUGCCUGUGAGGUUGAGCUUUUAAUUUUAUCUCACCACUUCUACAAAUCUUCGGCUUGCCUUGAUGGGGUGGAUGUUCUCGUGGCUCUUGCUGCCACAAGAGUUGAGGCUUAUGUAGCUGAGGGUGAUUUUCCAUGUUUAGCUCGACUAAUAACUGGAGUUGGAAACUUCCAUGCCCUUAGCUAUAUUCUUGGCAUUCUUAUAGAGAAUGGUCAACUAGAACUUCUUCUUCAAAAGUUCUCGGCUGCUGUAGAUACAAGUUCAGGGAGUGCUGAGGCUGUCAGGGGAUUUCGCAUGGCUGUUCUUACAUCCCUCAAGCAUUUUAACUCCAAUGAUCUUGAUGCAUUGGCUAAGGUCUACAGCCAUUUUGACAUGAAACAUGAAACGGCUGCUCUUUUGGAGUCGCAGGCAGAGCAGUCUUGUGAGAUGUGGUUCCGCCGUUAUGAUAAGGACCAGAAUGAAGACCUUUUAGAUGCAAUGCAUUACUACAUUAAAGCUGCUGAAGUUCAUUCUUCCAUUGAUGCUGGAAACAAAACCCGCAGAUCCUGUGCUCAGGCUUCUCUAGUGUCCCUUCAAAUUAGGAUGCCCGACUUUAAGUGGCUCUUGCAGACGGAAACUAAUGCCAGAAGAGCCCUUGUCGAGCAAUCAAGAUUCCAAGAGGCACUAAUUGUUGCUGAAGCUUAUGAUCUCGACCAGCCGAGCGAGUGGGCUCUAGUCAUUUGGAAUCAGAUGUUUAAACCAGAGAUUCUAGAAGAAUUUGUGGCUGAAUUUGUUUGUGUUUUUCCACUCCAUCCUUCAAUGUUAAACGACAUUGCAAGAUUUUAUAGGUCCAAAGUCGCUGCCCGUGGGGACCAGUCCCAAUUCUCCGUCUGGCUAACUGGGGGAGGGUUGCCUGCAGAGUGGGCAAAAUAUUUGGGAAGAUCAUUUAGAUGCUUGUUGAAAAGGACUCGGGAUUUGAGGCUCUGUUUGCAACUAGCUCAAGUUGCCACUGGUUUCAUGGAUGUUAUUAAUGCUUGCACAAAAGCGCUUGAUAAGGUACCCGAGAAUGCCGGGCCUCUUGUGCUCAGAAAAGGGCAUGGAGGUACAUAUCUUCCGCUGAUGUGAACCGAAAGAUCGUCGCAACAUCGUGUUCAGUUUUGUUGAUGCCUGGAGAGGACACUAAUGGUGUCGAUGACAAUGGCGAUAACAUUGUAUUCUGUGAAUAAUUACGCCAUGGAACUUCACUGCCCUGUCCUACCCUGGUUCAUUUGUUGAUGGGAGUGGGUGAAGAGAUGGCAGAAGGAUGUGCAGAUGGUAAAAAAUGCAAACCAGUUCAUUUAUUAUAAGAUUUCUGUUACCUUUUUUGUAGCUUCACUUCACAUCUCACAAGCCAGGUCUUUUGAAGCAACAAUCAUAUUAAGUGCAGGGUUGGAUGCUAGAAGAAGCCUAUUGUAUAUCAGUUUUGUGAGAUCUUUUUUCCAUUUUGGUUAUUGAUUUCUUUUUUCUUUUUUUUCCUUUCACAUUACCUUGAUUUGUAUAAUAUUUAUAUACUAUUGCAAAUUGAUUUUUUACAAUGGGAAUGUAUAUGUCUGAUCGGUAUCUUUUAAAAA